AUGUCGCAAAACUAUCAGCAAUACGGCGGCAACCCGUAUGGCCAGGCCGAGGCUGGAUACGGCGCGCAAUCAAACCCAUAUGGCGGCACCGGCUACGGCUCAGCCAACCCCUAUGACGGAGGAUAUGACGGCCAGGCCCAGCAGCUCAGCCCGCCGGCGCCCCUCCAACGUCAUGGCGACUCCAACUAUUCGCAGCCAUCGCAGUAUUCGCAACCCGGCGCGAACCAGCAACCACCCAACGUACCGCAUACCGACGUCCCCAUGAACAACAUGCCUGCGUACAGCGAGCCGACCGCAAACACCGGCAUGGAGGCGCCAGGACCGCAGCCGCUCAGCCGCGACGACUUCUUCGCGCGCAUCGAAGGCGCAAAGUCGCGCAUCGGCCAGCUCACUUCCGACAUCCAAGCCAUUGCAAGCGUCCACCAGCGCAUGCUAUCGUCGCCCGACAACCGCUCCACCGCCGAGCUCGAGAGCAUCGUGACCGCCACGCAGAUCAGGAACACCCAAAUCAAAGACGAGAUCAAGUUCCUCGAGAGGGAUGCCGUGCGCGACCCCAACGACCGGACCAAGAGGACGCAGGUGGAGGCGCUGAAGAGGACGUUCAAGACACAGCUAGAGGACUUCCAGAGGGAGGAGGCAGACUACUCCAAGAGGUAUCGCGAGGCUGUCGGGCGCCAGUACCGCAUCAUCAACCCGGAUGCGACGGAUGCCGAGGUCAACGAGAUUGCCAACUCGGAUCUGGGUGACGAGGGCAUCUUCACACAAGCUCUCAAGUCCAACCGUAGCGGCCAAGCCUCGAGCGUCCUUGGCGCCGUCCGCGCCCGCCACAACGACAUCCAGCGCAUCGAGAAGACCAUGGGCGAGCUUGCCCUCCUCUUCACCCAGCUCAACGAGCAGGUCGUCUACCAAGAACCCAUCAUCCAACGGACCGAGGAGCAAACCGUACAAGUCAAGGACGAUACCGAGAAUGCGAACAAGCAGCUGGACGAAGGCAUCAAGUCGGCCAGGCGCGCGCGCAGGCUCAAGUGGUGGAUCCUCUUGACUGUCAUCCUGAUUCUGGCCGUUAUCGCGCUGGUACUUGGAUUAUACUUUGGAUUGAAGAACAAGGACAAAUAG